GGCUGCUGAAUCGGGCCCAAUCUCCGCCGAAUUGAAUCAGGGACCGAAGCUUCGCGCAGCCCUACUAUGAACUUCUAGUGAUUGGAGAGAGAUAUAUCAGAGAUGUUAUCAUUACAGUUUAACAAAUAGACAAAAUAAACCUGUGGAUUUUUGUGCAAGAGCGGGGAGAGUCGGACUUUACUGUCCUCCCUGCCAUUGGGAACAUCAGUGCAGCUGUUCUGUUGUCACUGGUGCAGCACAGGGGCUACUAUCACAGCCACACUCACCUUUCUGUGUGCAGGGGAAGUCACACAUACCUGUCUAGACCUAUCCUUCAACCACUAUGCCCCUCUCCACUAGUGAGAACAGAUCUGGACCAUAUCUGAAGAUUUUCCUGCAAAACUUUCCUGAAAUGCUGACAGGGGGAGAGAGUGUGUCUGGCGGCCAUGUACCUAUGUUUGGUCCUGGUGGCAUCAUCUACUCCAGGCAGCCAGCAAAUACACCUUGAGGUUUAUCAGGCAACCCUGAUCAGCCAUCAUCAUCCUGCUUCAGCCAUCUCCAUUAAAUGCACUAAAGCCUUUCAUGCUGGGGCAGUUCUUGCUCCGACAGGUUAUGGCGGUGUGCUGGUUUUUGCAGUCUGGAAUCUAAAAGAGGAGGAAGAUUCUAUAAAAGACCAGACUGUUUUCAUGUUGCUGGUGCUACACAGAGACUCAUGCAGGACUCCAGAACUCACAUAGGAGAACUGGGUUAGUUUGCAUUUGCCAGAAAGGCAAUGGCAAUAUUAAAAGCUCCAGUUUCCCCAGGAUCUCAAGAAGAGGAAGUGGAAAUCGUGACAACGUGGCCUGUGCAUUUUGUUGCACAGGGUGAUGCACUGACAUGGUGCUGGCCCUUUAAGAGAUUAGUUUUCAUACCUGUGAGCUGGAUUUGGGCUGUCCACCCACUAUGUGACACUGGAUUGUGUUUCUGAUCAGUAGAAAGGACCAAGGGUACCACCGUACUGUAUCUUGUGUACUGCCACUUUAAGAUUAUGCAUGUGUUGCCAGGUUUCAGGUCUUUCCCACUGUUAGGAGCAUCAGACGCAGGCAAGUGGUGGUCUGUUCCAGCAGGACUAGGGAGUUUCUCUGUGCUCUCUCUUCCUGGUUUAUAACAUAUUUACUGCUUAAGAUACUUUUCCUGUGAGCCUAAGGCUUCCUUCCCGCAUUUCUAAAUUCCACCUGCUGCAAACCAAGGCAAGCGCAGCUACAGAUAUCACCACUGUGCUGACAAUGAGUGGAUCUGCUACCAUGAAAACUACAAAGUCCUGCAAGAGGUACAAAAGUGUGAAGCGGCACUCCAGCAUCUACACGUACCAGGAGCCACCCCACAGUAACUCAGACGAUGAUAAUGGUGAUGAAAAGGUUGACAGCAAUGACCCAGAGCAGAUCUUCCAGAAUAUCCAGUUCCAGAAGGAGACAGUGGCAAACAUCCGUUGUAGACCAUGGCCAAUGAGACAGAAACUACGGGCACUCAGGCAAGCAAAAGAGAUUGUGCUGAGGUAUGAAGGGAGGCUCACCAGAACAAGAGGCUACCAAGCAGCUGGUGCUGAGCUCUGGAAGAAGUUUGUUCGGCUUGCAUAUAAUUUUCUGGUGAUUUUUGUUCCUUGGGAAAUGAGAAUAAAGAAAAUAGAAAGUCAUUUUGGAUCUGGAGUUGCCUCCUACUUCAUCUUUCUGAGAUGGCUAUUUGGAAUCAACAUUGUGCUUACCAUAAUGACAGGAGCAUUUGUAGUCUUACCAGAGCUCCUGGCGGGAGUGCCCUUCGGGAACAAAACCAUUCCCACGGAGCAGUUGGCAACAGCACAGGACCUGGACACCAUCUGGUCUCUGGGGGGUUACCUCCAGUACUCUGUCUUGUUUUAUGGCUACUAUGGCCGGGACAGGAAGAUCGGGAAAGCUGGGUAUCGGUUGCCCCUGGCCUAUUUCCUGGUUGGAAUGGCAGUGUUUGCGUAUAGCUUCAUCAUUCUCUUAAAGAAAAUGGCAAAAAACUCCAGAAUGAGUCUGGCAAGUGCCUCUGAUGAAAAUUACACGUUUUGCUGGAGAGUGUUCUGUGCUUGGGACUAUUUAAUAGGAAAUCCUGAGGCUGCAGAAAGCAAAGCAGCUGCCAUAGUUAAUAGCAUCAGGGAAGCUAUUUUGGAAGAGCAGGAAAAGAAGAAAAGCAAAAACCUGGCAGUGACCAUAAGCUUAAGGAUUAUUGCAAACAUCCUUGUGCUGCUUUCCCUGGCUGGGAGUAUCUACAUUAUUUACUUUGUGGUGGAUCGAUCCCAAAAGCUAGAACGUACCAAAAAGGAAUUGACACUCUGGGAAAAAAAUGAGGUGAGUGUUGUUGUUUCGCUAAUUACUAUGCUUGCACCCUCUGCAUUUGAACUCGUGGCAGCACUGGAGAUGUAUCACCCUCGGACCACUCUUCGCUUUCAGCUUGCCAGGGUUCUUGUUUUAUAUCUGGGGAACCUUUACAGUUUAAUCAUUGCUCUGUUGGAUAAAGUGGAUAGCAUGAGCAUUGCUGAAUUUGAAGCUAACAGCAGUGCAAGUUACUGGAUACCUUCCACCACCACCUUAACCACCAAAAAACUUUUCAAAGAAAACUUAUCUACAAUGGUCCCUGAUAUAAAUGGCAGUAAAAAUAGCACGUUCAGCCUGGAAGACAGUCGCACUCCAAAGUAUGCAACACCUGUCACACCAUUUAACCAGACAGUUUCCUAUGCCUAUAACACUCAUAAUAAUCCAAAUCAGUGCUGGGAAACAUAUGUUGGUCAAGAAAUGCUGAAGCUGUCAAUUAUUGACAUGAUUUUCACAGUGGCAAGCAUUCUGUUAAUAGACUUUUUCCGUGGACUUUUUGUCAGAUAUUUAAGUGAUUGCUGGUGUUGGGAUCUAGAAAGCAAAUUUCCAGAAUAUGGAGAAUUCAAAAUUGCUGAGAACGUGCUACAUUUGGUAUACAAUCAAGGAAUGAUUUGGAUGGGAGCCUUCUUUUCACCCUGCCUCCCAGCAUUCAAUGUUCUUAAGUUGAUUGGUCUUAUGUACCUGAGAAGCUGGGCAGUGUUAACCUGUAAUGUACCACAUCAACAGGUUUUCAGAGCUUCAAGAUCCAACAACUUCUACUUAGCUAUGUUGCUGUUUAUGUUGUUCCUAUGCAUGUUACCAACAAUUUUUGCUAUUGCCAGAUACAAGCCAUCUUUAAGCUGUGGUCCAUUUAGUGGACAAGAAAAAAUAUAUGAUAUUGUGUCUGAAACGAUUAAAAGUGAUUUCCCUGUAUGGUUCAACGCAGUGCUUACUUAUGUCAGCAGUCCUGUAGUUGUUCUCCCUGCAUUAUUACUUCUGUUCAUGCUAAUUUAUUACCUUCAGAGUAUUGCAAGGUCAUUAAAAUUCACCAACAAUCAACUGAGACUGCAGAUCCAAACUGAGAGAACUGAAGACAAGAAAAAGGUGGUUCAAAUGGCAGCAGCCAGAAUCCAGAAUCUGGAGGGAAAUGACAAAAGACCAGACCAGGAGAGUGAUGUCAUCAGUCAGGAAUCUUCAGUUCGGUCAUCAACACCUCGAAAGAACGGCAGUGUCUUGAAUUUUGAAUCCCCAGUGAACAAAGGCAGCAGAAUACAAACCAUCUCGCAAUCUGUACUACAAGCUGACGUUGCUAGGCCAGCAAAUAUUACUCCAGCAACUUCGACCCCUUUAACUCCAACUCCCACUGUUCCCAGUAUACAGAAACCCAGAGCUGAGCAGGUUGCAAAUCGGUAUUCAAGUGUUGUACAUGGCAGUGCAAGUGAUCUCUGUAAAACAAAGCCCUACACUCCUGUGGCUUUCAAAAAGCACGUUGAAGACGUUCACUCUGAGCCUCUCUUUAGAAAAAGCAUCCGACAGAUAAAUCCAGAUGCUGUUGGGGCGGGGGCUCCAGUUUUUGUUGGACACAGAGCACACACCACCAGGUAUUUUAUUGUUAAUGAACAUGAAUCCCGCAAAAAACUUCUCCGUUCCACUUCCCGGCUGCCAAGACAUUUCCGAAUGGAUGAGUCAGGAGACAUAAUUGAGCUAUAUCCAAGAAAUGUCAGAAGAUAUGUGGUUCGAACACCACACAGGACAUAUUCCCCUCACUUCAGUGAAGAGGAGGAAGAAGAGAAGGAAUUAAGGAGGGACUUGGUAAACAGAUCCCACCGUCCACGUUCACUCUCAGAUCUCCGUGCAGCUCCCCGAUUUUACAUUGGGGAACGUGCUGACAGUCAAAUUCUUACUAGCAAGGAUCUCUCCAAAGUGCAUUACAAGUCCUGGGAUGACGGCUUUGAGCUAGAGCUAGAACGGCCCCCACACUCCUACAAAAAGCCACACACAAAAAACGUUGAACUUGAUAAGCACUAUCCAGAGCAUCAUGUGAAACCUAAAUCCAAGCACAAGCUUGAGCACUCUCUAACCGAGUCAGACUCAAUUUCCAUUGGCUCUAGCAGUGACCAGCAAAACAGCAGUAAUGAUCAAUACAUUCAGGUCAUUCACAGUAAAGACAAGUACCCAAAAUCUGGGGCAAAGCUUACUAGAAAGAAAUCAAAGACUAGUGUUGACCUAAACAUGUCUGAACCAAAUGAACUGAUCUGUUCAAAUGUCUAAAAUAGUGUGCAACCACUUUUGUUGUGAAUGUAUGUAUUUGCAGAUCUUUGGCUGCCAUUCGAACCACAGGAGUCUUUUGAAAUAAAUAUGGCACAGAGUCUUCUGAGCAAAACCAUACAUAAUUAUUCAAAGGGUAAAGCAUUUCUUAGCUUGUUGCUUGGUGUUAAUUGUACCCAACUUUAGUAUACCAUCAGAUACAGUACAAAAAUCUGUAUUUUGCAUUAUUGCUCAUUGCUGUGCUGUAAGAUUAUAUUGUGAAAUAUAAAAGCAUAUGAACUAGGGGCACUUUAAUUAAACCAAUCUAAAAGAG